GUUCCUGCACGCCCACUACAGCAUCUGUUUAGGGAGGAGUGUUAUCCUUACUAGGAAUCCUGCUGUUGCCUUCCUCCACUGUUUCGCCCACCUCGUUAAUCUUGGCCACGUAUCUGACCUACACUUGACCGUCAACUGUCCUCCCGUCCCUAUGCUACUGAGCUCCAACUGUGUUUUUACGGUAGAGUUAUUCACUCUAUGUGCUGACCUCGGAGGGGAUAUUGCUUUAUGUGCGGGUGCUGCCAGUAACGCUCUUGGUCCGCUGGUAAGUACAGCGCUUCUUGACUCAGGUGAGACUACUCCAGAUAAUGGGGGAAGAUAACAUCAUGAGGUGACGUGGAUCGUUGCUAUAAGACUGGAGGGCGCGACGCCACUACCACAGAAACCCCCGCUACGCACCAUGAUCACCAGGGCGUUACUGUGUACUGUCGCCGUAGCUGUGCUGGUGGUCGGGAUCCCGGAUACCAAACAGGCACCACCGCCCACCCAAUCUACUUUCAAUGCCAACGCCACGCUAGCGGCAAUGCUCUGGCGGCACAUGAUUGGUUUGCAGCCUCGGGCGGCCGCUGAAGCCUCCAUGUAUUGGCGGGUGAUGUCAGUGGAAGACCCUGAGGGAGCAGCCAAGGCAGCCAUGGAGACCCGCAAGGCCACCGCUGCCGAUCCCGAGGCCAUGCUGUACAUGGCCAUACAGUAUCAGCGUGUGGCUUCUCGCAGCGUGGAAUAUGCCAGACUUGCUGACACCUACUGGAAGAAGAUGGCAGUGCACGAUCCCGAGGUCACGGCCAGAUCAGCAAUGUACUGGAGGAACGACCCAGAAGCUGAUAUGUACUGGUAGCCGUAACGCAAGCAGUCCGUCCCUCCGUGUUUGCUACAGCGGCUCCAAACCAUUCCUACAUAAUGGCUUUAUGGCUAUAUAAGCCCAGCAUCGAGCGAUUGAUCAUCAAUUGGGAUCUCUCUCUCUCUCUCUCUCUCUCUCUCUCUCUCUCUCUCUCUCUCUCUCUCUCUCUCUCUCUCUCUCUCUCUCUCUCUC